CCAGCUCGACGACAGCAAACACAAGCCACAUAUGUACCAGCCGCAGUCGUAGCCGUAGCCGUAGCACUCCCGCCGAAUUUCAUCUCAAAGUGUUCUCAAGUCAGUGCGAAAUUUGUUUUCAAAUCGAAAACAGGGCCUCUGCCAAUCUCUUUACUAUUAAUAACUUAUUAAUAAAAAAAAAAAACUGCUGCAUCCGGGCAAUUAAGAAACGCACAUUUCGAUUACGUUUAUAUGUAAAAUGAAAUUGUGAGAAUUUAACGAUCUUCGGUCCCAUCAACCCUUUUUAUAUUUUUCGCGUCUUGAUCGUCAAGAUGGAACCCGUUAAUGGAAGUAGCAACAAGGGCGACCCCACGGCAAAUUCACCGAGCAGUUCACUGAACUACAGCAGCGAUAUCAAUACAAUCAGCUUGGAGCUGACAAGUGAUCACUAUCACUUCGAGGAUCGCUCUGAGGACUUUCGAACGGUCAAUGGGUUGAAAUACUUGCCCACCUGGCCGGCAGUCAAUUUGGAGUUCUCGGGACUAACCUAUGAGGUGCCGGAUCGGGCGCAUGCACAUAAAAAGAAACAAAUUCUAAGUGGUGUAAAUGGAAAAUUUUGCUCACAUGAAUUAACCGCCAUAAUGGGACCCUCUGGAGCAGGAAAAACAACUUUAUUAAAUUUGUUGGCAGGUUUCGGAACCGUGAGUAGUUCUGGUGAAAUUUUAGUUAACAAUAAUCCAAGGGAUAUGAGAACAUUUCGCAAAAUGUCUCGUUAUAUAAUGCAGACAGACGUUUUGGAUCUUCAGUUUACAGUGCUUGAACUGAUGAUUUUGGCCACGCAUCUUAAACUGGGCACUGAACUCAAAAUGACACAAAAACUAGAAGUUAUAAAUGAAAUUUUGGGAAUGCUACGCUUGAAUGGUGCUGUUAAUACUAAGACACAAAAACUUUCCGGCGGGGAAAGAAAACGUCUUUGUGUGGCUCUGGAAUUGGUCAACAAUCCGCCAGUAGUUUUUCUCGAUGAACCUACAACUGGCCUAGAUGAUCAAUCGAGUUCUCAGUGCAUUUCUCUGCUGAAAAUGUUGGCUGCUGGUGGACGAACAGUCAUCUGCUCAAUUCAUACUCCUUCAGCCAAAAUUUUCGAAAUGAUCGAUACGGUUUAUGUGUUAGCUGAGGGACAAUGCAUUUAUCAGGGCAGUGGAACGAACAUUGUUCCAUAUAUGCAGCAAUUGAAUCUCCACUGUCCCCUCACACACAAUCCGGCUGACUUUAUCAUCGAGGUGGCCUGCAAUGAGUAUGGCGAGGGCUAUAAUGAUCUCAUGGUCGAGGCCAUGGACAAUGGCAAAGUCACUCGCUGGAUGCCACAAUUACAGCAUUUGGAUGGCAAUGGCGGUAAGGUAACUCCAACUCGAACGGAUACAACAUCCGGAGCCUCUUCCUAUUACGAUGAAACUAUUGAACAAUUCGAAGAGGAAAUUAAUCCAAAAUUAUUGCGAUCCAAAUCAAGUUGGUGGAUGCAAUACAAAUUAUUGCUUAUGCGAAUGCUUCUGCAAAUGUGGAGGGAUAAGUCAUAUAUCAAACUGAAGUUCUAUAUGAACAUCGUACUGGCUCUACUUGUGGGAGGCCUUUAUACGGGGGUCGGUCAAUUGGCCUCUAAGGCUCUCUUUAACUUUGGCUUUAUGUUUACCAUUGUUAUAGCCUACCUAUACUUGCCGAUGAUGCCAGUUCUACUAUAUUUUCCCUCGGAAAUCAAUCUCCUGAAACGAGAAUACUUCAAUCAAUGGUAUCGCUUGAGCUCGUACUACGCCGCGUUGGUGUCGGCAAAAAUGCCUUUCAUGUUCAUUCUGGCCAUGAUAUAUCUAUCGAUUGUGUACUUAAUGUCUAGCCAGCCAUUGGAAUGGUUUAGAUUUGCCAUGUUGUUCUUUGUAGCAUUUCUCACGGCCUUGACAUCAGAUAGUUUUGGCCUACUUAUAUCCAGCAGGCUUAGUUUAGUGAAUGGAAUGUUCAUGGGUCCUGUGCUGGCGGUUCCGCUAAUCCUCCUCUCAAUCUAUGGCAUUGGCUAUGGCAAGGAUGCAUACAUUUCGCCGAUUAUGAAAUUUUUAAUGUCCUUGAGUUUUCUGCGCCAUGGCAUGGAAGGACUCGUUGCCGCCCUCUAUGACUAUGGGCGGGGCGAUACAAUUUGCCAGGAUGAGGAACUCUUUUGCCUAUUCAAGAAAUCUCAGUUUUUGCGUGUGUUUUUAGGUUUCGAUAACACCAAUUAUUUAUGGUCAGUCACCUGCUUAUUUGGAUUUUAUCUCCUGUUUACAAUUGCUGCCUACAUCCUGAUACGUCAACGACUAAAGAGAUCUACGGCUAACCCAAUUGUGGCCUAUGUCUUGCAGCUGCUGACAAAACACUUUAAUUUUACUUCAUAUAAUUAUUGAAGUAAUUGUUUACUAGGAUUACUAUCUAUGCCAUGUCUUUGUUGUGGAAAAUCUUGUGAUUCCUUCUAAGUUAACUUAGGGAUAAAAUAGUGUAGUAUACUUAUAUGGGCAAUGUGAGUGAUAUUCCAAUAAUGACGAAACAAAAUAUAUAUUUUUUUAAAUAAA